AUCAACAUGAACAUGUUUGACACUGUAGUGUUAUACGUUCAGAAUACAACUGUAAUACAAUACUUCAACUUAAAGUAUACAUAAUUUUACCAGGAAUAGUAAAAAAGGAAAAUCCUGCGUGGCUUCUGUAAUAUUUCCCCCCUUUUUCAUCACCUGAAGAACUGUAGUAAUAAACUACUCGCUGUAAUAAUUAACCUCUUUGCAAAAAAAUGCCAUCAUACUGCAAUCCUUGUGCGGGAGGCUGUAAGAAACGCCAGGCCAGCGAGACACGCGGUCCCGAUACGAAGAAAGUUAAUUCCGCGGAAAAUGCCGGGUCAUCGACGGAUGUGCCGCGUUUAUCCAAGGACCUGCUGAAAGAGCUCAACGUCCUCAGUCCCAAGAUUGUCAUCGUGGGAGCGGGCGCGGCGGGAAUGGCCGCCGUGCAGCGUCUGCUGGAGGCGGGAUUCAACAAUGUGAUGGUGCUGGAAGCGCAGAGUUAUGUCGGCGGCAGAAUUUGCAGUCAGAGUUUAGAAAACGGCUACUUAGAAAAAGGCGCACAGUUUCUCCACGGCGAGAACUGCUUAACCAGCGCAGUCAAGGAGAAAGGCUUAGCGCUCGCGGUUAACACCGACGAGCCGCCCAAACUAGAGGUCCAUGUGGCUGCUAAAGAGCACGGCCCGGAAGGUGUCUUCCUGCUGGACGACGAUAGUCAAUUAAGCGAGUUACCGAAAGACGUCAUUAGUGAGGCGCUAAAGGAGACCUACAAAACGAUCAACUCUAUCGUGGAUCGAUGCAAACAGACCGCGCCGGAAAUAGCCGAACGCGUGCAGGACGUCGGCGAGUCCCGGCGUACGACGCUAGGGCAUUUCUUGCGCACGGAGUUCGAACAGUUCAUGGGGACGAAGGAUGACGAAGCAACGUGUGUCAAAGCGUACCGUUGGGCCAUCUUCGAAUGGAUGAUGCGCGUGCAUCUGUCCGAUUGCGCCAGCCGCACCCUGUACGAUCUCUCCGUGAUGGAGUACUCCAAGUACGCCGGUAGUCUGGAGUGCACCCCAUUGAAAGUCCCCAUGAUCGACGCCCUGAAGCUGUGCGUUUCGCGCGCCUUAUCCGAACAGGCGCCCAUCCUCCUCAACAAACCGGUGAAACAGCUACGCUUCGACCCCAGCCAGCCCAAUCCCCUGGUCAUCUUCUGUGAGGACGGCCAGGCCUUCGUGGCCGAUCACUGCAUCGUCACCUGCUCGCUGGGCUUCCUCAAGAAAAACCAGGCGACCUUCUUCCUGCCACCGCUCCCGGCGGAGAAAGCCCGGGCUAUCGAAGCGGCCGGUUUCGGUACGGUGAAUAAGAUCUUCCUGACGUUUGCGGAGGCGUGGUGGAAUGGGCGGUUCGAGAAGACCGGCGGGUUCCAGCUGCUGUACAUGAACGAACCGAAAGGCAGCCAACAGAAACCCUGGUACCGUCAAAUUGUCGGCUUCGAUGUGUGCAACACGAACCCGAACACGCUAGUCGCCUGGAUCGGCGGUUCUGAGCAGGCCGAGGCGAUGGAGGCCAUGUCGGACAGCGAUGUGGCUGCCGACUGUCAAGCGCUACUGCAACGCUUUCUCAAGAACGUCAUCGUGCCGCCGCCCAUACAAGUUAUCAGGACAGCCUGGGCUUCCAAUCCUUAUAUUCUCGGCGCGUACAGCUACUCCGCCGUCAAUCAGUCGGAACACAUGAGUGUACUGCAGCAGCCGAUGUGGUUGUAUAAGAAACUCAGCGCCAUGACGCCGGCCGACACCAACAACCCGCGCCGCUCGAUGGAUGGCCAACAACUACCCGCUCUUUUCUUCGCCGGGGAAGCGCUGGAUCCCACUUGGUUCUCCACGGUGCCCGGCGCCCUGGAGAGCGGUCGCCGCGAAGCCGAACGCCUAAUCGCACUUUACAAACCCCUCGUUAACGCUGUGGCUGGUUCCGCCGACGCCACGGCGAAGCAGUCACUGAUCACGGCGCCGUUCGAGCAGCGAACCAGCGUCCAAAGCCAACAGGAGCGAAGGACCCUGACCCAGCAGAACACCGAGUCCAACGCUUACGUCAGCUCGGAGCGGAAAACACUAACCGCCGUGCCGACGGAAGGCGCGCCAAAAGGUUCGCUAUCACAGGCGGCGCCACCACGCAACAGUGCGCCGCAAACGGGAACACUGCCGGAUCAGUCGUCGCAGCGAUUCAGCAGAUAAGAGAAAAGUGAUAUAUUUUCGUAUUUUGUAAGUGCUGAUGAUGAUGUGAUAGAUUGGUCUUGUUUUUGAUUUUCAUUGGGGUUUGCUUGCAACAAAUGCGAGACAGAUAAGAUGCACCCUCGCUUUCGAUGUAUUCAAUACGAUGAGACAAUUAUGCACAAGAAAAGGGCAUUUCUGAA